AUGACGGCUCAAAGUACCGCAUGGGGGACUAGGAAGGGUAGCGUUCCUGGCCAACAGCGUACCGAUGGCAUUUUGACCGAAAUCUCGGACCGUCAAGUGAAGACUGUGCCCUCUGUAGUUCCCAUUUCUGCACGACAGUCAGUCCCUCUGCCAUCUCUGGACCCCAAGAGGACCUUUCAGAGGGAUACUGAUGAAGGAACCAAUUCAGAUGACAACUCCGGCACAAGCAGUGACUCAGAUGAUGGCUUUAUCUCCGACUGUGACUCAGAGGAGGAUUCUGACCUUGACUGGUUGCAGAGAAUAUUGGAGGAACUAGCCGAAGGUGGGAAGGAUGAGGAGGGGUUGCACUGUGAGCAAGUUGCACCACUGUCACAGGAGAACAAUCCUGGUUGUGGCCGGACAAUGGGGCCAGCAGAACUGCCAGAGCUCACAGGAAGCUCUCAUGAUAAGCUCAGUAAUACAGCUGAUCUUUUGUCAUCCAGGAAAAGUCCACCUGCCAUAUUUCCAGAGGAAGGUACUCAAGUAAAUGGAACAGCAGAUGUUGUCAAUAACAGGUCUACAGAUUAUAUGGAUGACCCCAUACUUCAUGACAUCAUGAGUUGCGGCCCAAAUUCUACUGCCAAGAAGAGCUUCUACCCUGAUGUCACUAAUCUGCAAUUCCGAAAAGAGAGUUUUGGGCCUCCAAAAUACAGUUCGGCUGCGCUCUUCAGUCGUGUAGCCAAGCAUGCAUUGGCAGAUCCUGACGCUCACUAUUCCCCCGAACAUGUGAAGCUUCUCCGGAAAUUAAGCAAUGGUGAACCAGAAGCAAUCCAAUAUAUGGAUCGCUGUUUCUAUCUUGCAGAUUUUCGUCAGGCGCUUAUCGACAAGGCAUAUGAUGUGAUGUCCACUGAGCCUACUGGGAGCAAAGGAGACAAACUCAUCACGGACGCAUUGAGUCGAGCUGCAGCCCAAGGACGAUGGACGGAUGCGGGGUAUGACAUGAUAGAUGUCUGGGGCCUCAAGGUGAAUCAAAAGUGUCUAUCAGAUCUGGGCAAUAUGGUUGGGAAGCUUGGAAGACCUUGUGACUGA